CAAAUGCGGGCGCUGGGGAAUUUUUGAAGGACAUGUCUUACAACACCUACAGCUUCACAGCAGCGCAACAACAAUAUCUUCUACUUACAAACCUUAUCCAAGCAGAACCGAGAUCAUAAAUUGUUGAUAUUCGUUAGAAAAGCGCUACUAGCCCCAACAGGCGCGUCGGAAAACCAUGUCGAUGCAACUCGAUCUUUCGCAAGCUCAGGUGAUGCAGGAUGAGCAGGGACGGCCAUUUAUCGUUGUUCGAGAUCAAGCAAAGAAAACGCGGUUACAUGGCAAUGAGGCGGUGAAAUCACACAUUCUUGCGGCGCGGACUGUUGCAAACAUCGUCAGGACAUCACUAGGACCGCGAGGACUGGACAAGAUUCUCAUCUCCCCGGAUGGAGAUAUCACUGUAACGAACGACGGCGCGACAAUCCUGUCACAAAUGGAGAUCCAAAACAACGUAGCCAAACUACUCGUAGAGUUGUCCAAAUCGCAAGAUGAUGAGAUAGGCGACGGUACUACGGGCGUCGUUGUACUUGCUGGAGCACUACUUGAGCAGGCAGCUGGCCUCAUAGACAAAGGCAUCCAUCCGAUUAGAAUAGCCGACGGUUUUGAUCAAGCAUGCGAAGUUGCCGUGGCAGAACUUGACAAGAUCAGCGAUACGAUCCCUUUCUCUAAAGAAGACACUGAAAAUUUGCUACGCGUGGCAAAAACCAGUUUGGGCAGCAAAAUUGUUUCCAAGGCCCACGAUCAAUUUGCACAGAUCGCUGUCGAUGCUGUGCUGUCUGUUGCGGACCUUGAGCGAAAGGACGUCGACUUUGAGCUCAUUAAGGUAGACGGCAAAGUAGGGGGCUCUCUAGAGGACUCGAUCCUGGUCAAAGGUGUCAUAAUUGAUAAGGACUUCUCGCAUCCACAGAUGCCGUCUGAAGUCAAGGAUGCCAAACUUGCUAUCUUGACUUGCCCAUUCGAACCUCCUAAGCCUAAAACCAAACACAAGCUCGACAUCACGUCUGUAGAGGAAUUCAAGCGCCUCCAGAAAUACGAGGCUAGCAAAUUUACCGAGAUGAUUGACCAGAUCAAGGCAACGGGAGCAAAUGUGGUAAUCUGCCAAUGGGGUUUUGAUGAUGAGGCGAACCAUCUGCUGCUUACAAACAACUUGCCUGCAGUUCGGUGGGUUGGUGGCCCGGAUAUUGAACUCAUUGCCAUUGCUACGAACGGGCGAAUUGUUCCUCGAUUUGAAGACCUGAGCUCCGAGAAGUUAGGUUCCGCUGGACUGGUGAAGGAAAUGACGUUUGGAACGACGCGCGACAAGAUGCUAGUCAUCGAGGAGUGCGCCAACACAAGAGCGAUAACCGUCUUCGUACGCGGUAGCAAUAAGAUGAUUAUCGAUGAAGCGAAACGAUCACUGCAUGACGCUCUUUGCGUAGUGCGCAAUCUCGUCCGUGACAACCGUGUAGUGUAUGGCGGUGGGGCUGCUGAGAUCGCGUGCUCACUCGCCGUCGAAGAGGCCGCAGUACAGAGUCCGGGACUAGAACAAUACGCAAUGCGUGCCUUUGCAGACGCGCUCGAUGCGAUCCCCAUGGCCUUGGCAGAAAAUUCAGGCCUGUCACCUAUAGAGACAUUGGCGAGCAUCAAAUCGCGCCAAGUCAAGGAGAAAAACUCCAGGCUCGGUGUUGACUGCAUGCAAACAGGCUCCAACGACAUGCGGGAGCACUUUGUGAUUGACCCCUUGAUUUCGAAGCGUCAGCAAUUGCUGCUUGCCACCCAGCUGUGCAGGAUGGUUCUCAAGGUUAACAACGUGAUCGUUGCUGGCAGUGGUGAGGAUGAGUUUUAAUGCAUGUGUUCGAAAGUCUGGGUUCACCCAGAAAUAAGCAUCGAGGCCCACGUUUAUUAGCUUCUCUGUGCGAUGCGGUGGGUCAUCUAGCAUACACGAACAGGCCAUCCAGCUCACCGCACUCCCACUGCAGUGCAUGCUACUAUAAGAUAUCAGAAGGCAAAGAAAGAAAGCCGAAUGAUGCAAGGGCAUGAAGAAACUUCUCAACGAUAGCAUUCAUUGUGAGCUAGCACGUUAAUAGAUAGUCUGUCUUCUGUGUCAAUUUGAAGAACAAACCAAAUCUACAUCCAGAACAAACGCAGCUUUGACGGACAGAGUGGCUCAGGGGCAUUCAAGUUCAAUACUGCAAGCGGGAUUCUUGUGCAGCGCUCAAUAAACUCGUCGCCGUAACGAAGGCGUGGGAUGCUUGAUCGACACUCUGUCUCAAGAUCGGAUUUGUGAAUAAAAAGAAAAAGGGCCAUAGUGAGACCCAAUCCUCA